ACAGGUUUAUAUAUAUUUAAGUAUUAAUUUGUUAAAAUUAAAUUUUUGUUUUUGUUUUUUUUUUGCAUUUAGCUUUUUUACAAACAAUAGGUAAACAUAAAAAUGGAACAUUUAUUGGUGUUAUUUAUACAAUACGUCGUAUUGAUUUAUCUGAUGGAACAUAUCGUUAUUGUAUGUGGCUAUCACGUGAUAAUACUGAUCCACAUUUAAUUGAAAUGCAAAAAAUGCUUGAUCAUAAUCAAUCAAUAAUACCAAUAGAUGAUUUAUCAACAUCAUAUUUAAAUAUAUCAUCAUCAUUAAAUGAUAAUCAAACAUUUGAUACAAAAUAUAUUAUUACACGACAACGUGGUCGUGGUGGUUAUGGGCAAGUUUAUCUUGGUUAUGAAAAAUCUAAUGAAUUAAAUAGAGUUGUUAUUAAAUUUAUUAAAAAAACUAAAGUUAAAAUUCAUCGAUAUGUUGAAAGUUUUGAACCAAAAAAACGAAUUCUAUUUGAAAUUGCUGUACUUAAACAAUUAAAACAUCCAAAUAUUGUCGAAGUAAGACAUUAUCUUAUUAGAUUAAAAAUAAAACACAAAUAG